UAUAUCAAAUACGUUCUCUUUUGAUUUUUUUGCCCGAUAGAAAGGCCAUGGGGAAGUUUAUUAAAUCUGGCAGAGUUGUACUCCUCCUAAAUGGAAGAUAUGCAGGGCGAAAGGCAGUAAUUGUUAAGAACUAUGAUGAGGCAACCUCUGACAAACCAUAUGGUCAUGCCUUAGUUGCUGGUAUUGACAGAUAUCCACUUAAAGUGAAUAAGAAAAUGGGCAAGAAACGGACAGCCAGACGGUGUAAGAUCAAACCAUUUGUGAAAGUUGUGAAUUAUAACCAUAUCAUGCCCACAAGGUACUCUGUUGAUGUACAAAUUGACAAAAGUAUUGUGAAUAAAGAUAUUUUGAAAGAUGUUGCAACCAAACGUAAAGCCAGAACAGAAGUGAAAUCAAAAUUUGAGGAAAGAUACAAGACAGGAAAAAACAAGUGGUUCUUCCAGAAGCUUCGGUUUUAGGAUAUGGAUGUAAAAUUCACAUGAAAUAAAAUUGCCCACCAUAUA